UAUUAUGCUUUCAAGAAGAAUGUGGCCUCACUCAGCCCCAUUAAGCCCACACCACAGCCAAAAUUCCCUGCCAUUAUCAUCUUUGGUGAUUCGACUGUGGAUACAGGCAAUAACAACUACAUCAGCACAUUGUUCAAGGCUAACAAACCUCCGUAUGGGAAAAACUUUCCAGGCCACAUUCCAACAGGGAGGUUUUCGGAUGGUUUACUUGUUCCUGACUUUGUGGCCUCCUUUCUGGGAAUCAAAGAGGCUGUACCUCCUUUCCUGGAACCAAAGCUAUCAGAAGAUGAACUCUGCACAGGUGUUAGCUUUGCCUCUGCUGGAUCAGGAUACGAUGAUUUGACUACUAAGUUAUCCAAUGUUAUCCCAGUUUCAAAGCAAAUUCAACUCUUCAAGAGUUACAUAGUGAAGCUCAAGGGAAUUGUAGGAGAAAAGGAGGUCAAGAACAUCACUGGUGAGGCUCUAGUGAUAGUCAGUGCAGGAUCUAAUGACCUUGUUUUCAAUUUCUUCGAUAUACCAACAAGACGAUACGAGUUCAACAUUAGCGGGUACCAACAUUUUUUGCUGCAAAGGCUAGAAAACUUUGUCAAGGAAUUGUAUCAUCUGGGAUGCCGAAAAAUGGUUGUAGCUGGUCUACCUCCAAUUGGUUGCCUACCGAUUCAAAUGACAGCCAAGUUUGAGAAUCCAAAAGAUAGAAAAUGCUUGGAGGAUCAGAACUCGAUUGCGCAAUCUUACAACAAGAAGCUUGCAAAGCUGUUGCCUCAAAUACAAGCAAUGCGACCUAGGAGCAAAAUAGUCUAUGCAGACGUUUACGAGUCAUUGAUUGACAUGAUAAAUCAUCCUCGACGAUAUGGAUUUGCAGAAACAAAGCUAGGUUGCUGUGGCACCGGACUCCUGGAGGCUUCCUUCCUGUGUAACCCGACGACUCCAAUUUGUGGAAAGCCUUCAGAGUACUUGUUUUGGGAUAGUGUUCAUCCCACCCAAGAAGCCUACAGAUACCUUGCCAAAUACCUUGAGAAGGAAGUUGUUCCUCAGUUCUUGGAUGACCAUGGCCAUAGCUUCACUGAAUCUGAUACAAGUGAACAACUUCUAGCUUAAUUUAUUUGCAUUGCCUACCUUUUCCGGGUUUCAGGAAACAAAUUCAUAACAGUUAUAAAUUUUUAUGUAGAAUAAGUAUGAGAGUUAACUGUCAUCG